GUAGGAUGAACUACAUUGAUUCCAACUAGAAUUCAAAAUACAUUCAUUUGCCAGCGGUUGUGCUAUUAGGAUUUGCGCACGCAUUUAGUCAUGUCAGCCUAGAUAACCUGCAUUUUAAUGAUUGAUGAGUUGCUUGGGAACCAGUUUGUAUUCAAGAACAAUUUUGAAUUUGAUUGCUCGUAAAAUAACAAAUGAAAGAGGUGACAAGGGUAUCUUUGGAGUGCAGCGAAAUAUAAUCUUCCACAAAAAACUCAAACGGGUAUCACUAAGAUAGAACAAAGAAGAAUGGACAAAAGAUCCGAGGACUGGAUUUAAUUGGACUGAGAUAGCUAUCAUUGGCAAUAUAAAAGGCUGUUUCUAUGCUCAACUCAAUUAUCAUUAUAAUAAGGAGAAAAGAAGUCAUCCGGGAGCUCACGUUUAUUUGAUGAAAGAGGAAGACUCUCUACACCAAAGUCAGGACACUUUACUGCUCUCACGACAAGAUGGUCGCGAAGAAAAAACACAAGAUUCGUUACCAAGUGUGCCCAAGCGCUAUAUCCUGGUGGGGCUGUGUUUCACGGGGCUCUUCCAGAUGUACGCUGUUAGAACCUGUCUCAGCGUCGCAAUCGUUGCCAUGGUAUCAAACAGCACGGUACUCAUCAAUGGCAAGAAAACUGUCAAGCCGCCAGAGUUUGCAUGGAGUUCAGAGAUGCAAGGUCUAGUGCUUGGCUCGUUCUAUUAUGGCUAUGCCGUGCUUCAGAUCCCUGCUGGCUGGGCGGUCUUAAAGAUCGGAGGAAAGCCAAUUUUCGGCUUUGGUAUUCUCGUGGCUUCAGUCCUAGCCCUGGUAACCCCUCCGAUCGUCAAACAAAGCUUCAUCGUGUUCAUUUGUCUCAGAAUCGCGCAAGGUCUUUCAUUGGGACUUAUCGCAUCUGCGCAUCACUGUAUUUGGGCCACGUGGUCGCCGAUAUUCGAGCGUGCCUCUCUGCUUACUAUCGCCGGGUCAGGCACCCUAGUAGGGACAAUUGUCACCAUGCCUGUCACGGGACUCCUGUGUGAUUCUCCGAAGGGAUGGCCAUUAGCAUUCUACUUCAUUGGCUCGCUUGGGGUAUUAUGGUUCAUUGCAUGGCAGUACUUCAUGUACGAGACUCCUCAGGACCACCCCACCAUCACUCAAGCAGAGAUAGAAUUCAUAGGAGUACCCUGGAACAUCGACGAAGCCACGAAAAGCGUGGUCCCGUGGGCCUCAAUACUUUGUUCCACGCCUGUAUGGGCGGCUAACUUUACCAUGUUCAUCUCGGAUUGGUGCUUCUACUCCAUGCUAAUCUGCAUCCCCCUCUUUAUGAAGCAAGUCCUACACUUCAGUUUAUCCGAGACCGGCUUUGUGAGCGCUUUGCCGUUUGUACUGAUGACAAUAGUGUCACCGGUCAGCGGCAUGUACGCGGACAGACUCAGGGCGAGGGGGGUUCUCAGUACUGGCGCUAUCAGGAAAAUAUUCCAGUGCGCAGGACUCGCUGCAAGCUCGUGUUUCGUCGUUGCCGUUGGUUACGAAUCCAAGCCCUUCCUGUCACUCGCACUUUUAACGCUCGGGAUCGGUUCGUUUGGACUCAUUGCUGCCGGAGUUGGCCCGAACUUGAUCGAUCUCUCUCCGAAGUACGCCGGACUACUAAUGGGAUUUUCCAACACUAUGGGGUCCCUGUCAGGUUUCUUGGCACCCGGAGUGGUUGGAGUCCUAACCGUACAUGGGACGCUGGAGGAAUGGCGGUUGGUGUUCUGGCUGACCGCUGUGCUGAGCUUGGCGGGAAUACUCGUCUAUGUUGCAUUUGGAUCCGGCAAAAAGCAAUCCUGGGCAGAUAACUAGUCUGACACUUAUUACUCCAAACGAAGGGCGCAUUUAGGAGUGGCGUUUCAACUUGGGGGAAGCAAAGUCAUUUUCAGCACAAGAAAAGGAGAAGGGUAUACAUGGUUUGGGUUCGCUUUAUAUGACCCUUUUGCCAAGUCCGCUGAGAAUUUGUCAGGAAAGCGAAGACCCGCUGUUUGAAUCAGAGACUUAAAUUUAAUGCGAUUCCAUACAAAUCAAAUGUGUAUCAAAUGUAAUAAAGGCGACUAGCAAUUCUUUA